UACCAAUGGCUGCCCGCGGAGCUCGACGUCGCGGCCGACGGCACCGCGUCCUUCAAAUCAUACGUGAACAACCUGCACCCGCGGCGGCACGCGCCGCUCUAUCGCGCGCUCGAGCGCCUGUUCUCGCGCUGCGUGCCGCUGUUCGAGUCCGUGCUCGCCGCGCUCCGCGCGCGCGGCGCCGACGCGCUCGUCGUGCGCAGUGGAGCUGCGACUGCGCAAGCUGAGCGCCGAGAUGCGGGAAAAAAACGCCAGCGCUACUUCGAGCCGGACAUGGAACACCUGUACGCCGAGGAGGAGCCGGAGCAGCUCGACGGCGAGGACGACGCCGCGUUCGACGAGCGCUACGGCGCUUAUAUGGACGCGCGCCGGCCCGCGCCGGACCGCGUGCCGCGCGUGACCGGGCCCUUCGUCGCGCCGCCGCCGUUCGACCCGGGCCCGUGGGCGUCGGACGCGCUCGCGGGGCGGCGGCUCCAGGUCAUCGUCAAGCUCCAGACGAUCGAGCUGACGCCCGAGCGCCCGGAGUACGCCGGCGGCGCGUGGCACGUCGAGGGCGCGCGCAACGAGCGCAUCGUCGCGACCGCGAUCCACUACCUGGAGUGCGAGAACAUCUCGGAGUCGCGCCUCGCGUUCCGCGAGGCCGUCCGCGAGCCGGAGUACGAGCAGGAGGACCACGCGGGCGUCCGCGCGGUCUUCGACAUGGACGACGAAGACCCGCUCGUCCAGCCGCGCGGCGCGCUCCGCGCGCGCGCGGGGCGCACGGUCUGCUUCCCGAACGUCCUGCAGCACGCCGUGCGGCCCUUCUCGCUCGACGACCGGUCGCGCCCCGGCCGCCGGACCAUCGUCGUCUUCUUCCUCGUGGACCCGACGCGGGACGUGCCGCGGUCGACGGCGACGGUCGCUCCGCAGCAGCGCGCGUGGCUCGACCUCGAGCUCGAGGUGCACUCGCGCUUUUGGCGCGGCCUCCCCGACAUCGCGCGCGACCUCGUCCUGGGCAUGCUCGAGGACGCGGACGGAGGGCCCAUGUCGCACGAGGCCGCGCUCGCGCACCGGCUCAAGCUCAUGGAGGAGCGCACCUUCAUCACGGCAGAACACGGGGAGGUCUUCGAGCGCCCCUUCAGCCUCUGCGAGCACUGAGGGCGUGUGUUAAGCUCGUUCGGCUUGGGA